AUGUAUCGUGACGAGUAUUUGAGAAAGCCGAAUGAAGAAGAUAUCCGAUGGCUCACAGCUAAACAUGCUGAGGUGCAUGGUUUUCCGGGCAUGCUUGGUAGCAUUGAUUGCAUGCAUUGGGGAUGGAGAAACUGCCAUGUGGCGUGGCAAGGGCAAUACACUCACGGCAAAAAAGGCCACCCAACAAUCAUGCUCGAAGCAGUUGCUUUGUAUGACUUAUGGAUUUGGCAUGCUUACUUUGGCCGUGCAGACAGGACUCCAAGAUUAGAGUAUAUUGUUAACGGCCAACAAUUUAGAAAUGGAUACUACUUAACUGACGAUAUUUAUCCCGAGUGGGUCACUCUUGUAAAGUCUUUCAAGUGCCUGAUGCAACCACAAACCACAAAGUUCAAGAGAUACCAAGAAGCUGCAAAAAGGACGUGGAGAGAGCAUUCAGGGUGCUUCAAGGUCGUUGGGAGAUUAUUUAACAAAUACGCGCCCAUAUAG